CAUGGAACUAAAGGAGUAUUUGAGCUUCUGUCUGGAUGGCGGAGAACCAGAGAAAACCUGCCCUUCAAAGACAGGGUAGCAGAUGCCUAUUCUGACGUGAUGGUCACCUAUACCAUGACCAGCUCCCUGUACCUCAUUACCUUUGGCAUGGGUGCCAGCCCGUUCACAAACCUAGAGGCUGUCAAGGUCUUCUGUCAGAACAUGUGUGUCUCCAUUCUGUUAAACUACUUCUACAUCUUUUCUUUCUUUGGCUCCUGUCUGGUCUUCGCGGGCCAGCUGGAGCAAAACCGCUACCACAGCAUCUUUUGCUGUAAAAUCCCUUCUGCCGAGUACCUGGACCGCAAGCCCGUGUGGUUCCAGACCGUGAUGAGUGACGGGCACCAGCAGACAUCCCAUCAUGAGACGAACCCCUACCAGCACCACUUCGUUCAGCACUUCCUCCGUGAGCAUUACAACGAGUGGAUUACCAACAUCUACGUGAAGCCCUUUGUGGUCAUCCUCUAUCUCAUUUACUCCUCCUUCUCCUUCAUGGGGUGCCUGCAGAUCAGCGACAGAGCCAACACCAUCAACCUGCUGGCCAGCGAUUCCCCGAGUGUUUCCUACGCCAUGGUCCAGCAGAAAUAUUUCAGCAACUACAGCCCUGUGAUAGGCUUCUACGUCUAUGAGCCCCUGCAGUAUUGGAACAGCAGUGUCCAGGAGGACCUGCGGAGACUCUGCAGUGGGUUCACUGCCAUGUCCUGGGUGGAGCAGUACUACCAGUUCCUAAAAGUUAGCAACAUCAGUGCCAGUAACAAGAGCGACUUCAUCAGCGUCCUGCAGAGUUCAUUUCUCAAAAAGCCAGAAUUCCAGCACUUUCGCAAUGACAUCAUCUUCUCCAAGGCAGGGGAUGAGAGCAACAUCAUUGCUUCUCGCUUGUACCUGGUGGCCAGGACGAGCAGAGAUAAGCAGAAGGAAGUCAUAGAAGUGCUGGAAAAGCUGAGGCCCCUGUCCCUCUCCAAGAGCAUCCGAUUCAUCGUGUUCAACCCCUCCUUUGUAUUUAUGGACCAGUAUGGCUUGUCGGUCACAGUGCCUGUUCUGAUCGCAGGCUUUGGUGUUCUCCUGGUGUUAAUCCUGACUUUCUUCCUAGUGAUCCACCCUCUGGGAAACUUCUGGCUGAUUCUCAGCGUCACCUCAAUUGAGCUGGGGGUCCUGGGCUUAAUGACAUUAUGGAACGUUGACAUGGAUUGCAUUUCUAUCUUGUGCCUUAUCUACACUUUAAAUUUCGCCAUUGACCACUGUGCACCACUGCUUUACACAUUUGUACUAGCAACCGAGCACACCCGAACGCAAUGUAUAAAAAUCUCCCUGCAAGAGCAUGGGACAGCCAUUUUGCAAAAUAUUACUUGUUUUCUUAUUGGGUUGGUCCCCCUCCUAUUUGUGCCUUCGAACCUGACCUUCACACUGUUCAAAUGCUUGCUGCUCACCGGGGGUUGCACACUUCUGCACUGUUUUGUUAUCUUACCUGUGUUCCUAACCUUCUUCCCCCCUUCCAAAAAGCACCAUAAGAAAAAGAAACGUGCCAAGCGAAAGGAGAGAGAGGAGAUUGAAUGCAUAGAAAUUCAAGAGAACCCUGAUCACGUCACCACAGUCUGAAGGUGUCACUAAUGGAUUAUUUUUUUUUCUUUUCCAGAAUUGCACAAUGAUGCAGGGCGAGUAAAGCUCAGACCUCAGCUGUUUGGGCUGGCCAGGGGUAACAAGGCAAGUCAGAUCAAGAGUGAAUUCCUCAUGACACGUCAAGGCGUCCACUUCUUGGGGGAAAGAGGGAAUCAAAGAAGGGGAAACCUUGUUCUCCACUAAAGAUGCUUCUGGAUGUGAUCUUAGAGCUCUUCCAAGAAAUGAAUGAGUCAAGUAUUAAAAGUGCAAAAGAACCAACUGCUUUCAAUUAAAAUGCUUAGGAGAGCUGGAGAGGGGAGAAGAGAGGGAAAGGGCCUCCAAAUAGGGGAAAAGACAUAGAAAAUGUCAAAACUGCCAUGGCACUUUUCAUAUUUGGUUUUUGAACAGGUUGGUCAAAGGAAACCUAUGCACUUGGGAAGUACAUAUUUAAUCCCGUCUAAACCAAAGGACUUCCUGAUCCAUUUUCUGUGUACAUAUAUGUGUGUCUUUACUGUACAUUGGCAUUUAUGUGUGUGUGGGGGGGAGAGAUGUCCAUUUGCAGAUAGGAUGGCCUUUCUCUAGAAAUUCAAAUCAGCCUUAGCCAAAUAAGGAGCCUUCAUGGCCAUUCGAAAUCAACUCCAGUGUUUCAGCAGCAAGAGUAUUAUUCAACUGUGUUAAGCAAAAUGAUCAGAGAUGACUCUAUUAGAUUCUAUAUAUCAUAUUGUCAGUCUUUGAGAUUCUUGCUUUGGAAGACUUAGUAAAAAAAAACAAAACACAAAAACAAACAAACAAACAAACAAAAACACAAAGGGCAUAUGAAUUAGUGGCCACAUGGACAAGGUUUAAAAUCUUGUGUUAAAGCUAAAUAGUUGACAUUUUUUAUUGGCUUUUAAUGGUUCUCUGUAAUUAAGGAGGUUGAUUUGGCUGCUUUCAGAGAGCUCAACCAUUGCAAAUGAGCAUUUUUAUAUGUACUGUCUAUACAUGUGUGUAUAAGCCUUCACUAGUUAGUGUGUGUGUGUGUGUGUGUGUGUGUG